CCACAGUGCUGUCUAGGUAGGCAGCUCCCUAUGUUGUUACACAGCCUGUUUGUCUUGUCCAGUGCCACACACAAUCAAUCUACAGUCAGUCUCAAAUGAGAGAGAAAGAUGGCUUGAUGGAGCUGAUAAAAACUGGGCUACAAAAAACUUUUCACCGAUCUUUGGGGUUAGAGAGAGCAACAGAGUUAUUGUGUUAUUGCACGUACUUUGUGGAAACACUUUCCAAGACACUGGAUGAAGAUGAACAUUCAGUCAGCCAUCAGUCGUGAGAUCUUUAUCCCAAGUGAUGAAAAGUUACUGGUAGCCAUUGAGGUGAGGAGAAGAAUACGGAGAAAAGGACUUUCUUUCCUAAAGGCUGGUCUCAAGAAGGACUAUAUAACUUUCCUCUGCUUAUCAGUUAAUAACUGCAGACCAGCUGAAGCCCUUAUCACUAAAGUUAAAAGGUAUCGAGGCUCAAGACAGUUUUUCAAAAGAUCUCAAUGGUCUGUGAGGCAGCUUCGUCAGGUCAAUGGCGUUAACCCAAAUGAGGACUCUCCUGAGUUCGACCUUGUGCUUGAUCGCACUUCUGAUCAGUGGAAGGCCAGCUCAGCUGCAGAGAAGUGCAUAUUUGUGCAAGUUUUGUACCAUGCUUGUAAAAACUACUGGGAGGCAAACCCUGGCCAAAACAACCCAGCUUCCCCUGGAGACCGGAAGAUACCUGGGGCUCCAGAGAACAAGAAGAGCCACGGUGAAACACAAAGAACAGAAUUUGUUAACUGUCAGCCAAAGUUAAUGGGAGAUGCUUGCUCUGUUAAUAUGGUCAUCUAUCGCUUUAUUAUCUUCUCGAACCGGGCUGAAGGAAAAGCCGUGGAUUUAUAUGUUGUAUGA